AUGCUGGACGAUAAAGCGCCGACGUCGAAGCGCAAUCCUGCACCGAGAGGUUCUUCUUUCUACAUUGAGAAUUUGCUGAGAUCCACAGACAGAGGAGCUCCAGCUGAGGAGACCUCGGACUCCAGAGUCCCUGUCCACAGCCCGGGGACGUGUCCGGGACGUCCGGAGAACCAGGAGCUGACCUGUAGAGGGACGUCCCCAAACCCACUGAUCCACAGCUCAAGAAGUCCACGGUACAGGCCCAGCUACCCGGAGGAGCACGGAGACCCUCUACCCAGCAGCGACCGGGAUUCCCCAGCUCUAACGGGACAAGCGGAGGACAAGGAGGGAGACAGUUUGACGGAUGAGAGAGAGGAUGAUGCACCUUCCUCUGGUUCUGACCCAGGUGACAGUAAGGUGGGCCGGAAGAAGAAGACCCGCACCGUGUUCAGCCGCAGUCAGGUCUUCCAGCUGGAGUCCACCUUUGACCUGAAGCGCUACCUGAGCAGCACGGAGCGGGCCGGCCUGGCCACCUCGCUGCAGCUCACCGAGACCCAGGUGAAGAUCUGGUUCCAAAACCGCAGGAACAAGUGGAAGAGGCAGAUCACCGAGGACAUGGAGGCGGGCAGCAGCAGCACGGUGGCGGCCUCGCAUCCCUACGCCGCCCAGAGGGUCAUCAGAGUUCCCGUGCUGUAUCGCGAGAGCGCUGCGUCGCCUAUGACGCUAGGCAGCCUGCGCCAAGUGUCCCCACUGUCUGUGGGCUUCCCUAAUGCCAUUAGCUAUCCAUUGACUUCUCACUUCACUCAUCCUGUGUCGUUUCUGACGCCACAGAUGGCCGGACUGGUGGGACUUUAA